CCAAUUAGAUCAAGCCACGCUGCUAAGACGACAAUGCCUUAAAUUAUGCGGCGUGGGGUCAAAUGCAGUGUGUGUUUUUGGGGCUUUUUGCCUUUACCAAAGCAGAGGGAUCCGGAGCCCCCCUUACAUUAUCAGUGGCAAAGCAGCAGAGUAAGUGAAAGGGUGAAGAAAUGGGUCUACUUACUAACAGAGUAGAGAGGAGUGAGAUCAAUCCAGGAGAUCAUAUUUACACUUACAGAGCUGUUUUCACCUACUCCCAUCAUGGUAUCUUUGUUGGUGGAAGCAAGGUGGUUCAUUUUAGACCUGAACGUAACUUGGAUUCUAGCACUGAGCCAUCUUCUGAUCUAUACGAUCCUAUAUCUCCUCGAUCAACUUGUCCGACUUUUCCCGAUUGUGGCUUCCGGCAGCCGAACAGUGGGGUAGUACUCUCAUGCCUGGAUUGCUUUCUUCGAAAUGGAUCGCUCUACUGCUUUGAGUAUGGGGUGACCCCAUCUGUUUUCCUUGCCAAAGUGCGUGGCGGCACAUGCACCACAGCAAUGUCUGACCCUCCUGAAACAGUUAUCCACAGGGCAAUGUACCUUCUUCAAAAUGGAUUUGGAAAUUAUCACAUAUUCCAGAAUAACUGUGAGGACUUUGCACUGUAUUGCAAAACUGGUCUUCUGAUUAUGGAAAAGCAAGGGGUCGGAAGAAGCGGUCAGGCUUCUUCCGUCAUUGGGGCCCCUUUAGCUGCUCUUCUUUCUUCUCCACUAAAGUUAUUGAUGCCAAGCCCUGUAGGCGUGGCAACAGUUACAGCUGGGAUGUACUGUAUGAGCCGGUAUGCGACUGACAUAGGUGUUCGAAGUGAUGUGAUCAAGGUAGCUGUUGAGGACUUGGCCGUGAGCCUAGGCUGGGCAGAGCAUCACGAUGAAGCAGCUCAAGAAAAUGAGGCUUUGAGCAGACAACUUGUGACUUUGUGACAUGAUAUGAGUUUCUUGUGCGUGGAAAGUUUGGGUGCAUAGUUCAUUUGCUAGCAUAAAUAGAAGCAUUACUUGCAAUCUUACGUUGAAUUUGUGAUGUAAUUGUCUUUUGCUACUCUCUCCUCUCUGCUCAUAGGUAUUGUUAUCUUCGGUAAGGCUGCAUUCUAUCUGUGUAAGCAGUAUAUUCCUAAAGAACUUUAAUUAAGGAUUGAAUGGAAGUCGGUGACAGUGUUUGCUUGUUA